GUCCGGUCGAUCUUUAAGGGCAACUUUCAGGCCCCAGUAACCUGUAGGUACUUCCAGCUGCCCUCAGGCUCUCUGCUUUCUCCUCCUCGUCCUCGACGAAGGCCCCUCACGAACCGGCGAAGACGUGAUAAAUCAUCCCUGAUACCUCCAUUUGAGACCAAUUUGCGACGCUUCUCCCAGGGCAAUUCCAUCAAAUCGCCCGAUCUCCUGGCUUCAAUACAAGGGUCAAUCAGUGAUCUCGCACCAGAAAAAGCCCCGGUUGUCUUUUGAUUUUCGGUGUUAUACAUCACUUUCGACCCACCUGCUAUAUCAGAGCGGACCUCCUGCCCAACUUGUCUUCCGCCUUCACCACAUUGACGCGUCCAUGGCUUUCGCCGACUUCACUCACAGCGGGAGCGCUUCCCCAUCCUCCAUUCAUAGCCACUCCCCGAACCUGUCCCCAUCAUCAGACUCCCGGUCCUUAUCACCGGCACCACGAACAAACGACGAGCGACGCCAGACGCCAGCGUCAAAGGGAGCUCGCGGCGGCGCGCGACGCGCCAUCGAUCGGCCGCGUGGGACAGCAGGCACGGGAGGCUGCUGGACAUGUCGCCUGCGCAGGAAGAAAUGCGACGAGGAGCCCGAAGACGGCCAGUGUAAAACGUGCAAGCGCCUCGGGAUCGAAUGCUUAGGCUGGGGCUCAAAGCGACCGGAUUGGAUGCGGGAUAAGCAAGCUGUCGAGGAGUACAAGGCAAACAUCAAAGCCCAACUUACCCGUGCCGGCCUCAUUCGUGGCCAGCCGCGCGGCCCCCGCCCCGACGGCGACGACCGCCCCUCGCGCACCAGCCGCCAUCGCCUGUCGAACACAUCUGGCCACUCCCCCUCCUCCUCCGCCACCUCCGAGGAGUUCGGCCUCCCGAACAUGCCAGGCGCUAGCCACUUCGCAUUCAGCGACCCGACCGUGAACGUGCUUGACGUCAACUCCCUCGACCUCGGCACGUCCUUCUUUAGCGCGUACGACACGAACCCGGUCGGCGCGAUGGGGCCCAACCUGCCCACGAGCAUGGCGGACUUCGAUUUCCCCCCGGUAGCUGAUGACGUGGGCUUCAACUUCGACGUCCAUGCGCCCUCGCCCGUGCAACAAUCGAUACCCCUCUACUCCGGGCAGAGCGCCCUCCAGGAGGAGCACGUUCUGUAUUACUUCCAGCACGUCCGCACGAUGAAGUACUUCUUCUCGAGCGACACGGCCGCAAGCAUUACCUAUUCAUUAAUCAUGCAAGAUCCGCAAAGCGCGGUGACCCACGCCGUCUGCGCACUCGCGAGCCUGCAUUAUACCCAGAUGCGCGUCGCCCAAGGGCUUGAAGCGCCGGACCCCAAUGCCGUGCACACAAAUACACGAUUCUUCCAGGAGGAGUGCCACUUCCAGCUUGCGAGCGCGAAGCAGAUGCGCGGCCACAACGAGAGCGAUGCGAUCGCCGCCCUUCACUUAGUCAGCUACGCGCAGAUGUCCGGCGGCGCUGUCGACUGGCAGCCCCUCCUCGUCAUCGCGUGCGACUGGCUGCAGCAGACGGGCCUUCCCAAAGACGAAAACCCGAAGCUCCAAUACCGCGACAUGUCACCGGCGGCGAAAUUGGCAGUCCGGGCGACAUUGUUGAUGGACGUCUUCUCGAGCAUGUCGCUCGGUCGUGCGCCGAGGUUCAUGCCCUUGUUCCAGCGCUUGACAUCGAAGACGUCUGCGCCAGGCUACUGGGCCGGACAGGUGCAGGGUGCCGAGGCAGAUGGGCGGAGUGCCGGGCUUGGAUGCGAUGGCCUUAACGGCUGUCCAGACGACGCGGUGUACGGCUUGGGCGAGGUGUCGGCGCUAGCGCAGUGGAAAGCGACGGAGCAAGCCAGGGGGUCGCUGAGCUUGCGCGAGUUGAUGAGAAAGGGCGACGACAUUGAGCGGAGGUUGCACUCGCACUUUUCCGACGCGCCGUCGCCGGAAGACACGCUCCAGGAUGCUCAGCUCGCGCAGUUGAUGGCCCACACGCCGGUCGCCUCGAUACCCACAUUCCCCGACGACGAUACGCGGCGGUUGAUAGCUAACAUCUUCCGCGAGUCGACCUUGCUGUACUUGCACACCGUGUUGAGCGGGUCACAUCCUGCCGUGAACGAGAUAGUAUCCACCGUAAACAGGAUGAUACAGCUCUUGCAUCAGUUGCCGGCGUCCUUAUACGACCGUCUCCUGAUAUUCCCCAUCUUCUUGACGGGGUGCUUGUGUGCGGACGCCGCCCAGCGCAACUUCUUGAAGACGCGACUGCAGGCCCAAAGCGAAGCAUCCGGCCUUGUUGAUAUGGCGGGCAUCGUCGUCAUGAUGGAGACCGUCUGGCACGAGCGCGACAUCAACAAGCGGCCGAUCGACUGGCAGCAGGUCGUGCGCGACAGCCGACUGAAGGUGCUCCUCCUAUGAACACUGGCAUGAACCUAUAAUUCCCCCGGGUAUUUAUCGUCACUUCCGGUUAUGAACUCCAGCUUUUUGGCACAUACCUAUACACAUCGCCAUAGUACCGUUCCGUUCCCCUCCCCCUUUCGCUUUCUUCUUCUCGCUAUUCGUCUUCAUGCUCGCCUAACCCAUGUAUCGAUAUUCAUGCAUAUACUGUAGCGUCAUCUAGCUAAAGACGACCUUUAACUAUGGAUCAGCUCACUAUCGGAAUGCAAACGUUUCUAGCACGCACCUCUGAAGUUUGCACCGUUGUCCGAUAUUCCCC